AUGGAAACCCCAAAAAUCCUCUUGAACGUAAGUGGUAACUGUCAAAAUGUUCCUGCUUACUCCAAUGGAAUAUGGAAUGUAGCCCAUGGAGAAACUAUUCUCCAACAUUCAUUGGUUCGUUUCCAUGUUCAAUUACUAGCCAUGUUUCUCCUCUCCAGCUCCUUUCACCUUUUGCUCCGUCGAUUCCAUUUAUCACGUUUUACCUCAGAAAUCCUGCAAGGGGGAGGGCAGCUGACUAAUGGGGUGUGUUUUUUGCAUGGUUCAUUCGUCUACCAGACAGGUAUAGUAUUGGGACCAGCUAUAAUGGGAAAAUACUUUAACAAUGCAUCAAGCAAAUUAUUCCCACCCUAUGAGGAGAUCAUUAUUUCAUUAUCAAAGUUUGGUUACGUGCUGUUCGCGUUCCUUGCUGGUGUAAGAAUGGACCCAACCUUGAUUGGGAAAACAGGAAGAACAGCCUUCAUUUUGGGGUUUAUGUCGUCCGUCACUGCUUUCAUUAUCAUAGAGUCUACUGGGUUCCUAUUUCCUAAAGGAUUGAAGACUGGUGGAUCGAAAAACGCAAAGGUGAUGUUUGCAAGAAUAUAUAUGGCUUGUAUGAUCCAGACCCAAUUUGUUGGAGUCAGUUUCAUUUUAAUGCAACUGAAGAUGAUAAACUCACAGCUUGGACACAUUGCUCUGGCAUCGUCUUUGGUCAAUGAAUUGUUAAGGCUGGCAUUUGGAUUUAUGUCCGGCUUCCUUUUUACCUUUAAUGUUUCCGAACGGGCUGGAGUUCAGACCAUUAUUUUUUCCCUUAUAUUCGUCGUGUUAAUUCUAACCCUAAUGAAGCGACUCAUGUUCGUAGUUGUUAGAAUAACACCAGAAGGUCAGCCUGUGAAGGAAAUCUAUGCUACUGUUACUGUGGCAACGGUAUUUUUAAUUUCGACAUGGGGUGACAGCAUAGGGCUAAAUUACCUGGCCGGCCCUUUGAUACUCGGCUUAGUGCUGCCUGCAAGGUCUCCAUUAGCUGAAAUCCUGAUAGCUAAGUUCGAUACAAUUGUUUCCGGGUUUCUUCUACCACUCAUGGCAAUGCUUUAUGCAUCAAAAGUCGAUCUGUGGCAAAUUAUGAAAGAGUUUGACAGUCUUCUCAUUUUUAAAAUUUCGUUGAUUGGAUUCACAAUGAAGGUGGUAGCAACUUUUUUUCUAGCAAAGUUUUGCAAGAUACCUACAAGACAUGCUGUUGCCCUCGCUUUGAUUUUGAACGCCAAAGGGAUCAAUGAACUAGGAACGUUAGGCAGCUACAGCACUUUUCGGACCACUAACUCUCUCUCUCUCCCCCUCCCUCCCUCCUUCAAGGAUAUUCACUCAACCAGUGGGAUUUUCUUGAUAUUUUUGCUCCAAGCGCUUCAGCCACUAGUCAAAAUGCUCUACCAUCCUGCAGAGCAUUACCUGAGCUACAAGAAAAUGAGUGUUGAACAUGCUUCAGGAGAUGCAGAGCUCAAGAUACUGACCUGUGCAUAUAGACAGGAAGAUGCCGUUGCAGCAAUCAAGCUACUAGAAUAUUCAAAUCCUACACAAGAAAGUCCUUUGUCCAUUCAUGGACUCUGCCUAGAGGAACUUGUUAGCAGCUUUACACCUCUUUUAAUAAACCAUCAAUUAGGCCAGAAGAACUCUUCUUCCAAAGGAUCUCGCUCGCAACCCAUCGUUGAUAUCUUCAGGUACUUGAAGUCAGAACUCAAGAAGUCAGUUCAAGUGCAAGUAUUCACUGCAAUAUCACCGCUUAAACAGAUGCACGAGGACAUUUGUUGGCUCUCGUUCAACAAGUCCUGUUCCCUGAUAGUGCUCCCAUUUCAUAAGAAAUGGAACAGCAAAGGAAAAAUGGUUUCAAACAAUAAUGAUUUGAGGAAUUUGAACAUUAAAGUAUUGGAAUUGGCCCCUUGUUCUGUAGGAAUUCUUAUCGAUCGCAGUAGAGCACAUGGCUUAUCUUCUAUUUUUAUCACAUCAGCGACAUAUAGAGUGGCAACAAUAUUUGUUGGAGGCCCAGAUGACAGGGAGGCACUGGCGUAUGCCUUAAGGAUGGCAAGAUGCCCCAAAGUCCAUCUAACAGUCGUGCGUUUCAUCGGGCAUGAUGAUCACGCCCAUCAAAGGUGGCAGUUUAUGAUAGAUGAAGACCUUCUGAGAAGGCUGAGAACUGAAAUGUCAGGGGGUAGUAAUAUAAAUUACAUUGAGAAGACGGUGAGAGAUGGAUCUGAUACAUCUUCCACAAUUAAAUCAAUGGUUGGAGAUCUUGAUCUUAUAAUGGUAGGACGCAGCAGCCAUGGAACUGAGUCUGAAGCUUUAUCAGGCCUAUCAGAAUGGACUGAUUUGCCAGAGCUUGGGCCGAUAGGGGACCUGCUAGCUUCGGAAGAUACCACUUGUCCAGUUUCAGUGUUGGUGGUUCAACAACAAAUAAGAAAAGAGAGCCCUAAGAUUGCUUGGAAAUUCUGGUAGGCAAGUUCCGUGCUUGCACCAUGAGGCUGUCCAGUCAAGGCUCCAUCAGACAAGGUCGCUGCAAGAAGCUGUUGAAGAUCUUAAAUGCACCAAUAUUUCUAAGAAAGAAAGCAAUUUUUCAGUUUAAAGUAUAGCUGCAGACAACGGGCUGGUAUAGCAGUAAGUGAGCUCCUAAUAUAGCAAUCAUCCAUGAGAUUGAGAGUUUGAGUUCUCUCUCCUAUUGCAGCUAGCAGUUGAUGGCGUAUCUACAUCCUCAUGCGUCAUCAUAGCAUCCUUGAAAAGAUCUUAAGUUUCGAACUCCAACAUAGCUGUCUGUAUCAGAGUUCCAGGAUGAUGGCCAAAAAGAAAGUUUACAGCAUGGCUAGUGAAAAUUUUGAGAACAGUUUCUUAAAACAAAAACCAAAAGAUAGUGGACAAUUGAGUGUCUUACAUUAAUUUUAUAGUUUUAUUGUUUGUUAUGUGUUGAUAUCAGGCUUGGUGAUUGUUAUGUACGAGAAUGAUUGUAAAACCACUCUAAUUGAACAAUGAAUGAUUCAUAUCUUUGAACAAGUGUGCUUUGGUUUCAAAUUUAUCAGAAAUAUUGUCUUUCACAUUUCUCAUCCUAUCAAAUCACAGAUUAAAUUAUCGUAAUUUGAACCAUAUCGUCUCACAGUGAUGAUAGGACGCAAUGGCCCAAAUAUCCCUUCCUGCAUCAUCUGUGAGUCUCCAAGAACAUGGUUGGAGAAAUCUUUCUCAAUAGAAGGAGAAGUCAUGCAAUCAUGUUUUGUCUUGCAUGUUGGGUUUCUCACCAGAUAUGAAUAUUGCGGAAACAGUAAUUUUAAUGCUUUUUUAAAAAGUUUUAUUGAUUUUAUUAGAAAAUAUAAGUUUCUUUGGGUUUGUAAGAAUAUUACUAAGUAUAAGAAUUUU